GCGCGCCAUGGCGUGGUUCAACCCCCUCACAUCGCCCUCGGCCCUCGAGCCGCCCAGCUACCCCAUAGAGUCUGGCACCAAGUACCUCCGCCUGACCAUUCUUGAUUCACAUGAUAAGGAGACUGCACGCGACUUGACGGUCGACGACCUCAUUCUGUCGCUCGCCGACGUGUAUGGCGACAAGAAUACCGAGGGCGGCUACCACAUUGGGCGCAAGUCUUCUCGCAACACCCCCCAGGCCUUUACUUCCAGAGUUCUCUCGCGCAGCCAUGCGCGCUUUGUCGUGGACGUCUACGGUCGCGUCUUCGUCCACGACCUCGAGAGCAUGCAUGGGACGUCUAUUCAGGCGGCGCCUGGCAGCUUGCCUAUCACUGUCCCCUCGGGUCGCGCUGUUCAAGUCCUGGACGGUGACGUGCUCAUCUUUGGCAAGCAGAUCUCCAUGAGGGGCCAGCACCACCAACCUCUUCGCCUCAAGACCACGUUCCGCUUCCCGGCCGCCGGCAAGCUCGAGAGCGAUCGCCAACGCCGUACCGAGGCCACGUUUGCGGCUGAGGAUGACAUCUACCUCGUCGACUCGCAUCUUAACCCUUCGCCUAACGCUCAGAACGGCCAGUCUACCCGUCGCUUCAGCUACGGUAUUCCCGAGUCGCUCCUUUACGAGUCUGACGCCGAUGAGGAUCUUCCGCGCGGCACGCCGACCGACGACAUGGGCGACCGAGCCAACGACGACAUUAUCGUCAUCGAGGACGACGAGGACGACAAUGUGCUCCCUGGCUCGUUCCAGUCUGUGGUUACUGUCGAGCCAGUGGUUGCUGUGGACGACAAUGACAUCACUGUGAACAUUGAGCGCGUCAACGAGGCGCCAGCUCGCCCAGUCACCAACCUCGUCUCGGCUCCUACCAUCGACCUCACCUCGUCGUUCAGCGAGGCCGGUGACGCCGACAACGACCGCGACCAAGGUGAGGACUAUGGCGAAGCCGGCGACUUCAUCGAGCCUGGCGCACACGUCUCAUAUGACCCCUACGAGGACGACCACUAUGACGACAAUGAACCCUCGGAUCACGACGAGGACGACCGUGUCUCGAACGCCUCGUCGGGUUACCGCCCCGAGGUGGUUUUGUCCCCACCUUACCGCCUCGACUCUCCUGGAGCCGACGACGAGGAGGACUCCGUCCAUGAGGAGGACCGUGAGGCCUCUCCAGACCCCUUCCGGCAGCCACUGGCCGACCUCCCCGACAUCGAGCUUGCAUUUGACCAAGUCGCCGAACAGGUGGUCGCUGAAGUGCAGGCCACCUUCGGCGACGCCCUUGACCGUCUCUUCAACGACUUUGGUGGUGACCGCGACAACAUCUCGGACGGCGAGUCGAACCAUGCCACUGCUGCCAGCGAGCGCCCGGCCGCCAGUCUCGCCGCCCCAGCCAGCCACCCUGGCUUCUACCACUCGGACGACGAUGCGGCUUCUGAAGGCCGCAACUUGGACGAUUACGACUCGAACGGCCACGAGGACGAGGAUGAUGAUGAGCACGAUGAUGACGAUGACUCUGACAAGGACUUGGGCUCCGAGUCCGAGGCUAAGGCGUCCGACGAUGAGGACGACAGUGAGAAUGAGUCGAUGUCUGAGGACGAGGAUGAACACAACGACGACGUUGUGAAGGAGAAGUCUGACAGGGAUGCUGUUGUGGCGACACCGGGCACCCAGGACAAGAGCGUCGGCGUCUCAUCCUACCACACUGCUGCAGCGCUGCCAUCGCCUCCUCUGUCGGCGGGCAAUGACAGCCCGGUCUACUCCACCAAUGUGCGUGAGCUCGAGGAGCUCGUCGCUACGCCAACGGCCACGCGCACGGCAGGACUUCUCACUCCACCGUCGACCCGCAAGCGGACAUUUGCCGCCAUGGAGGACGCAGAGGUCGAUGCGACUGGUGCCGCUCCCGACGACAAUGUCUCGGUUGCUCUCGAGACCCCUACCAAGACCGGCUCUGCCAAGGCCGAGGCUACUGCCGCCGUGCCCGAGGUCGAGCCGCCGGCUCGCCCGGCCAAACGCCAGCGCAGCCUCGCCGGCGACAUUGGCAUCCUCGUCCUAGGCGUUACCAUUGGCGCCGUGGGCACGAUCGCGGGCCUGCUCCAGCUCGCGGGCGAGUGA